AUGAAGGCAACGCUGGAAAUUCGUGGAUGCCAGCCUACGAAUUCAUUGCCCAACAAAUUAGAUACUACAAACCCCAUGGAAGCUAGUGAGGCUAUACCUACCCUUGCUUCCAAUAGUACCGAUAGAACUAUCGUUCCUAUGGAACCUUGCAUCGCCGCGAGAGAUCCACUUCUGAUCUAUAGUCCAUCUAUUAUGCUUAAUCCCGGUCAGAAGCGGAACAUGUCCGUAGCUGCUGUGUUAUCGCAGCCAUGCAAACGUGCGAAAAAGGAGGCUACAAUUUCCAAGGGCCCCGAGGUGACAUCCCCGAGCCCCAAUGGUGCAAACUCCAGACAUGGUCCAUUUGAUACCACUGAGUGCAACAACGCUGUCCUUGAGAAUCCUGAAAGACGCCAUUUGGAGAAGAGCAUGGCUCUUGUUGCAGUCUACGAGGGCGUUUUGGAAACCCUAGACGGAGUGGGUCGUGAAAUUCAAAAGUUGGAGAAGAUGAUGGCGGAUGCAUACACUCUGGAAUGUGCAGGCGGAGAUGAUUAUGCAGAAGCGAAGGAGGCUGGAUCGGAGUAG